ACUAGUAGUGCUGUGUCUAAUAGUUCUAGUGUCGUGCCGGGCCGGACGGCAGUUUGGCCAUCUAUAACUGUACACCAUAUAGCACCAAUCACUCCGCAGUGCAGACGCAGCGCAUGCAGGUAGCAAUGGCGGGGGAGACGAAGAAGGGCCUGGUGCUGCUGGACUUCUGGGUGAGCCCGUUCGGGCAGCGCUGCCGCAUCGCGCUGGCGGAGAAGGGCAUCGCCUACGAGUACUCGGAGCAGGAGCUGCUGGGCGGCGCCAAGAGCGACAUCCUCCUCCGCUCCAACCCGGUGCACAAGAAGAUCCCCGUGCUCCUCCACGACGGCCGCCCCGUCUGCGAGUCCCUCGUCAUCCUCGAGUACCUCGAGGAGGCCUUCCCGGAGGCCUCCCCCAGGCUGCUCCCCGACGCCGCCUACGCGCGCGCGCAGGCCCGCUUCUGGGCGGCCUACUCCGACAAGGUCUACGAGGCCGGCACGCGGCUGUGGAAGCUCAGGGGCGACGCGCGGGCGCAGGCGCGCGCCGAGAUCGUGCAGGUGGUCCGGAACCUCGACGGCGAGCUAGGGGACAAGGCCUUCUUCGGCGGCGAGGCGUUCGGGUUCGUGGACGUGGCGCUCGUGCCCUUCGUGCCGUGGCUCCCCAGCUACGAGCGGUACGGGGACUUCAGCGUGGCGGAGAUCGCGCCCAGGCUGGCGGCGUGGGCGCGCCGGUGCGCGCAGCGGGAGAGCGUGGCCAGGACCCUUCACCCGCCGGAAAAGGUGGACGAGUUCAUCAACCUGCUCAAGAAGACCUACGGCAUCGAGUAGUAGAGCGGACUACUACUAGCAGAGGAGAUGGUACCGGCCGUACGUACGUGGCUGCCAUGCAGUUUUUGUUUCGGUUUGUUUAAACGGGACUCCAUGAAUGGAUGGAACUCUUCUUGGGCUCCGUGUGCUACAUACACAUCUGUAAAGGUGAACUAAAAUCACGGUAAAAACUCGGAAAUUAGUUUGUAAAGGGUCCAGCCCCCCUCCUUUAUAAAUAGAGAGGUAUACGGCUGAUUUGUAAUCAUCAAUCGAAUCAAUACAACAUCUAUUUCGC